AAACUCCAAUCAGUUUGACAUUAUAUUCAUAAAAUAUAGCACGACUUUGGCAAUGCUAUCUCUAAAGGCAACCAAGUAAGGAAGACGAUAUAUUGAUGUGGCCAUAACAAGUAGAAAUUAAUAAUUUUUUACUAAUAUUUGAGGAGCAAAAUGGCUAAAUUGGUGCGCUCCGCGGUGUCAACUUACAUGCCGCAGUUAAAGUCGCCUCUCUCUGCGGUUUAUAGAAAACUUAACACUCAGAUCCCAACAAAAGAAAUCCAAAUCCCUGUCAGUUAUGGUCACAUAUCGGGAAAACUAUGGGGCAGCGGCGACAAGCAGCCCAUCCUGGCGUUACACGGCUGGCAAGACAACGCGGGCACUUGGGACCCCUUGAUACCCAUGAUCAUCAAAGAUAGACCUAUACUAGCGCUGGACUUCCCUGGACACGGGUUAUCAUCGUGGAUAUCAGGUACAUAUAAUGAAUGGGAAUGGCCGCGACUGAUUUUAUAUCUCAAAGACUACUUCAAGUGGGACAAAGUUUGGUUUUUGUCGCACUCAAUGGGCGCCAUCGCUGCUAUGCGAUUCGCGUGCUUGUUUCCUGAUGAUGUCGACUUUUACAUAGCCAUUGAUAGUUUUAUAUUAGAAGGUCACGAUUUAAACACUUUAGUCGACAAAAUAUAUCCCAAAUUGAUGCAAAAAGGAUUAAUGUCUCAGAAUUGGUUAGAUAAAGAGCCGCCAGCGUAUACUUUGGAAGAAAUACCGAAAACUUGGAAUAUGGCAACCAACGGUUCCAUAGCCGUAGAGAGUGUUCAACAUCUACUCAAAAGAGGUGUGAAGCAGUCUAAAAUUGAUCCUAAUAAAUAUUAUUUUUCCCGUGACCCGAGAGUUAAGUACGUAUUAUUAAUUCCAGAAGAUAAGAAAAUGGUUGAAGCACUAGUGAGAAGACUAAAAUGUCCAAUGUUGUUUAUCAAGGCUAUAGACUCACCAUUUUCAUCUUCUAAAUUUUCACUUGAAAUGCGUGAUAUUUUGCAAAAACAAAAUGAUAAGUAUGAAUUCCAUUUUGUCCCCGGAACACAUCACGUCCAUUUGAACAAUCCUGAAGUAGUAGCACCAAUUAUUGAAAAGUUUAUACAAAAUUAUAAACUUAAUAUGUAAGAUGUAGGUAGCUUACUGUAAAUAGAUAAAUUUCAUAUAAAAUCUUAAUUUAUUUUUUAAUUGUAUUUUUAUUUUUGUAACUAAAUGUAUGUUGAAUAAACAGAUAAAUUCCUAGUCA